UAGGAGAAACCACAUUACUUUGGCCCUAUAUAAAGAAUUUGAAGUGUUAAGGUCCAACAGUGAGGAUGAUUCCCUGGCUGCGUCGGAGGUGAGGAAGCAUGGAGCGGAAAGCUGAGGUGUCGAGACUAACGUGAUGGCAACAUGGUCCGUGGUGGAGAAGCUCAAAAUGGAGAAACGCCCAUGCAGGGAGGAGAACACUGACUCAAGAGAGGCCCGGCAUGCCGCCGACGAGUCUGAGAAUGGAAGCAGCUCGGAGAGCGAGUCGGAGGAGCAGCAGCACCGGAGGGUUCCGGUGAGCACCAGCGGCUGCAAGAGGAGAGAGCCCUUGGCUAUCACCAAACCCCACCGUCAGCUCUGCCGCUCGCCGUGCCUCGACCGGCCCAGUUUUUCCCAGAGCAGCACCGUGCAGGAUUUUCGCGACGAUGACACCAGCGCAGCACCGGGGAUCAAACUUGCCAGUGGAAGAGAGUACCAGUCAAAGAUGGAGUUUGCUCUGAAGUUAGGCUAUUCGGGAGAGCAGGUGGAGGUGGUGCUCAACAAGCUGGGAGCCACGGCGCUGAUCAACGACGUUCUUGCCGAGUUGGUUCGACUCGGAAACAAAGUGGAGCCUGAACUUCAACCUUGCAGCAGCACGUUCACAUCAAUAUCACGGUCCCCUUGUGUUAAAGAAGCUGUUAGUCCUGAAGUUUCAGUGGAAGAGGAUCCUGUGGAAGUGUAUGAUAACCUCAGACCUAUUGUCAUUGAUGGUUCAAAUGUGGCGAUGAGCCAUGGGAACAAAGAGGUAUUCUCUUGCCGUGGUAUCCAGCUUGCUGUUGAGUGGUUUUUGGAGAAAGGGCAUAAAGACAUCACUGUGUUUGUCCCAGCCUGGAGAAAGGAGCAAUCAAGACCUGACGCCCUCAUCACAGAUCAGGAAAUCCUGCGCAAGCUAGAGAAAGAGAAAAUCCUGGUUUUCACCCCGUCUCGAAGAGUUCAGGGCAGAAGAGUGGUGUGCUAUGAUGAUCGCUUCAUAGUGAAGCUGGCUUAUGAUUCUGAUGGAAUUAUUGUGUCAAACGACAACUACAGGGACUUGCAGAACGAGAAGCCAGAGUGGAAGAAGUUUAUAGAAGAGCGCCUCCUGAUGUAUUCAUUUGUUAAUGACAAGUUCAUGCCACCUGAUGAUCCAUUGGGAAGACAUGGGCCAAGCUUAGAAAAUUUUCUUCGCAAGAGACCUGUUGUUCCAGAGCACAAAAAACAGCCUUGCCCCUAUGGAAAAAAGUGCACAUAUGGACAUAAGUGCAAAUACUACCAUCCCGAGCGUGUCAACCAACCGCUGCGCUCUGUGGCUGAUGAGCUGCGAGCCUUUGCCAAAUUGUCUGCAGUAAAAACAAUGAGUGAGGGGGCUUUAGCUAAAUGUGGCACUGGCCCAGCAGCUGUAAAGGGCGACAGCAGUUCUGAAGCCAAACGCGUGGCACCCAAACGUCAGUCCGAUCCCAGCAUUCGCUCAGUGGCCUGUGAACCUCCAGAGGCGCUCUCUGUUGUUCGGAAGUCUGAGACAAAUUCAGUGCCUUCCCUCGUGUCUGCUCUCAGUGUGCCCACCAUGCAGCCUGCCAAGAGCCACGCAGCUGGAGCCUUGAACACACGAUCUGCCAGCAGCCCGGUUCCAGGUUCUCUGCAGUUUGCUCACAAUUCCCUGGAGCACAUGUCCAGUGUACAAUACCCUCCUAUUUUAGUCACUAACAGUCACGGCGCCUCUGUAACGUACGGUGAACAGUUCCCCAAGUAUGACUCAGUUAGCGACCACGGAUACUAUUCACUCCACAGUGAUUUUUCAAACAUGAGCAUGAGCAGCAUGCAAAACGUUGACAGUUUCUGUAGCAUGGAGCACGAGCAUGUGUAUCAGAGAAAUCCUAGCCACUGCCCUGAAUCCUGCCUCAGCCACUCCAACAGUGACUCGUUCUCCUCGUACGGUGACAUGUACCCAAGCUCUGUUGACAGCAGCCUGGAGGAGAGCAUCAAAGGGCAGCAGCAAGCUCCUGCCCAAAAUAGGAUGCAGGCCUUCUCCCGUGGGUUUCGUCAUGAAGCGCUGUCGAGAGUACAGAGUUAUGGACCAGAGGAGCCGAAACAGGGUUCCCGCAAACAGUCCGAAGCUCACCUGGCACCACAUAUCCAGCAUGCUGCAGUGGGAGCUCGAUCUAGCUGUCCCGGAGACUACCCACUCACUCAGAAUGUCCUCCCGCCUUUAUCCUCGCAGCCAACCAGGUCUCUAGGUAUGACUCGAAUGGACAGCAUAUCGGACUCGAGGCUGUAUGACAGCAACCCAAUGAGACAGAGGCGACCGCCGCUGUGCCGCGAGCAGCACGCAAGCUGGGACCCUCUGCCUUGUGGGAACGAGUCCUUUGGAUAUCAUUCAUAUCCACUCAGUAACAGCUUGAUGCCAUGUUGCGAACGGGUGAUGGUCCGCAGCAUGCCAGACAAAAUGGAACAAAUCUGGAACUCGCCGUGGGAGACCCCAUCUGCAGUCGAACACCAAGAGCGUUACGUUAUUCCAGAUCACCAGUAUCAGACGUACAGGAACCUUUGUAAUAUCUUUCCUGCUUACAUAGUCCACUCAGUCAUGGAGAAGAACCCUCAUUUGACAGAUCCACAACAGCUGGCUGCUGUCAUUGUUACAAAACUGAGGUCGGGACACUGAGCAGCUAUAAAAGAUAA